GGGAUUCUCAAUAAAAGUGCCGUCAUCACCAAUCCAAUUUAACAGAUCAGAAAACAGAAACCCUAAUCCAACAAUUUCAGAGAGUUGAGAGCAAUCGAAGAAGUAUAAGAAGAAGAGAGAUUCUGAGCUCGCUUGAGGGAGAGAGAAAUAUAAGAGAAGAGUGAAAUGGGAAAGAAGAAGAAGAGAGUAUCGUCGAAGGUGUGGUGCUAUUACUGUGAUCGUGAAUUCGAUGACGAGAAGAUUCUAGUGCAGCAUCAAAAGGCCAAGCACUUCAAGUGUCAUGUCUGUCACAAGAAGCUCUCCACUGCUGGUGGGAUGGCCAUCCAUGUCCUCCAGGUUCACAAAGAGAGCGUCACCAAGGUUCCCAACGCAAAGCCUGGAAGAGAAUCAACUGAUAUUGAAAUAUACGGCAUGCAAGGGAUCCCACCGGAUAUCUUAGCUGCACACUAUGGAGAAGAAGAAGAAGAGGCACCGUCAAAAGUUGCCAAAGUGGAUGUUCCAUCUGCUCCGCUCGUUGGUGGUGUAGUGCCAGGAUCAUUGGGUGUUGGAUAUUCUCCACAAACUUUAGGUGGAAUACAGCCAAUUUACAAUUCUGCUGUGCCAGUCCCUCCUGCUGGUUGGCCACUUCCUCCUCGGCCACAGCCAUGGUUCCCACAACCUCCUGCUGUUUCAAUUCCACCUCCUGCUCCAGUUGGAUAUGCACAACAGCCAUUGUUUCCAGUGCAAAAUGUAAGGCCUCCUCUGCCCUCAUCUACAGCACCUGCACAAGUGGCUCCUCCUGGACUGCCUUCAUCUGCACCGCCUAUUCCUGUCUCACAACCAUUAUUUCCUGUUGUUAACAAUAAUUUGCCUCAAAGUUCACCAUUUUCUGCUCCUUUGCCUUCACCAAAUAUUUCAUCAAGCUCGCCUGCAGAAGUUAAGGGUUCUGUGGAUGUGCAUUCAGGAGCUAACAGUUCUCUGACAACUAGCUUCCAUACAAGUAUUCCAGGGGGGACAUUAGCCAAUUCACAUUCAUAUGCCUCUGGUCCAAAUACUGGUGGGCCUUCUAUUGGACCACCCCCUGUAAUUGCUAACAAAGCUCCUGCAACCCAAGCAGCUGCUAAUGAGGUCUAUUUAGUUUGGGAUGAUGAGGCAAUGUCCAUGGAGGAAAGAAGAAUGUCCUUAGCAAGGUAUCAGGUGCAUGAUGAAACUAGCCAGAUGAGUUCAAUUGAUGCGGCCAUUGACAGAAGGAUACUGGAAAGCAGGCUUGCUGGUCGAAUGGCAUUUUAGAUCAACUAGUGGCUAACAGCGAGGAGCUUCUCUUCACAACUAUCAUUGCUUGGAUCCCGUGAGAGAACGUUCAAAUCAUGUAUGUUGUAUUCUUUAUGAGAAAGUGAGGUAGACCAGAGCCAUUCUUUAGCGUGUAGCAAACAUCCAAUUUUUCUGCUUCUUUUUUCUUUGUUAAUUCAUCAAAAGUCUGUUAGGAUAUACAGAUUUUGAGUUUGCCUAGACAAGCUGGUGCUGAAUUUUUUCUUUUUCAAAUUGCUUCUUUUCUGGGUAACGUUGUAACUUAUUAUAUGAUUUGGUGGUACUGGAAUGAAUUUCCAUUUGUCAUCAAAUUGAAUCA